UGUGUGCGCAGCCUCUGGGUGGCACUGUACUCAAAAGGGAGGAGUUGGCGAGAACAAACUGACCGCAAUGACAGUACUUUCUGAAUGACACGUAUGAAAGUUUUGAAAAAGCAAACUUACUGUCAUUAGUCGGACUUUUUUCCGUAAGGUAUAAGUAGCCUACAAUUAGAGCUAAAUUAAAAAGUAGGGUAUACGAGAAAGUAACUGGUGCGUCCAUUAAAGGCACAGCAUCGCAAGGGGGAAAAAAUAAACAGACGGAUCAUUGUGGCUCUCCUAAACAUUUACGUUACUGAAGAAUCGGAUGGCACAUAGUCUUUACCGUCUACUAAAGAAGAGGAGGAAAAGAUGGGUAGAGGAAUUUGUUCGAGACGACAGAGAAGAAUAUUUCAGUCUUUCCUACUUCUCAUCUUCGUUUGCGGGACGUUGUGCGCCUUCAUGGUCUCAUAUGAGAUGCAUAAAGAGCUGAAAAAGACUGAGGCGACGGCUUUGAAGUACCAGCAGCAUCAAGAGUCACUUUCUGCGCAGCUGCACGUGGUAUACGAGCAUCAUUCUAAACUAGAGAAAUCCCUCCAGAAAGAAAGACUCGAGCAUAAGAAGGCUGAGGAGGCCUCUAUUGAUUGUCAAUACAUCAUAGAUUUCCUUGUGUUUAAGCGGGAUUCACAGAAGGCCCUCAACAAAGAAAAGCAAGAUUCAACCUAUCGACUGAAUGCUCUGCAGACAGAGCACCAAAUACUGAAGGCCCAGCAUGAAGACUUAAAGAUGCAAUACUACGAACUUCAAGAGAAGCACCAGAAUCAAGGGCAGGAUCAUGAACGUGUGCUGGAUGAGCACAGGCUGGAAAUUGACAACCUGCAGAGAGAGAAGGAGGUUGAAAUAUCUAGACUGAAAGAGAAUGUGUACAACCUUCGCGAGGAGAACAGACAGCUGCGGAAAGCUCAUCAGGACAUCUACACACAGUUACUUGAUAUGCAGGAACUGCGCAAGAACCUGCAAGCUUCAAAAGAUCAUCUCACACUCGCAUUAGAAGACCAUAAAAAUGCACUUGUUGCAGCUCAGGUGGAAGGAUAUGAGGAAAAUGGAAAAGGGUUAUCCCCUCAAGGUGUGUUGGAGAUUGAAAAUAACAAUGCGACCAAAGUGGCAAUGAAGCAGCCUCGGAAAAUUGAUAUUUUUGCUGAGGGAAACGGCAAGAAAGAGGAGAGAAGCACAUCAAAGGAUAGAGGAGGAGAGGAUAAGGGGGGAAAGGCAGUGCUGGAACAUUCCUUAUCAAACCCAGAAGAGCUGGGCAUUAACCCUCGUAACACGCUAAGCCAAAGCCCAGAGAAACAGACACAGACAGAGCCACUUCACAGAACCAAAGUACACUUUGAGGCUUUGGAUACAGUUAUUGCUGGAAAUGCUGUGCAGUCACAUCAUGUUAUGGCUGGACGAGAAGAUGCAAAAUAUGUAGAGGACACUCAAAAGCAUAUCAAGGACCUUGGGAAAAAAAACAUGAACAUUGAGAAUGAGGCCAAUAACCAGAACGAAGAUGAAUUUGAAGAGGCUGAAGAAGAAAAUGAGUACAAGACCAAUGCGAACAAAAUCAGGCCUGAAGUGGAUGAGCAGCUUGUGGUGGCAGGCAAUCCAGAGCCGCAAAAGGACCAGCCGGAUGAGCAGUAUGAGGACGAUGUAGAGGAUGAGACUCUUGAUGACUCGGUGCAUGACAGACAGAAGAGAGCAGAGGAUGAAGAGAGAGAAGAUCCCUACAGUGAGCGUAAUGGAGCACGGGUCAGCCAAAUGCUUAAGAAGUCUUUUCCUAUCAAUCAGUUAGUGAGUGAAAGAAUUUUAACUUUGUACUUGCAAUGCAUAACAAUAUAUCUAUAGAAUGCACAUGCACUAUAAAUGUUAGAUAGGCUAAGUAGUGCAUUUCAAGAACAGAUGAUUUUAAAUGUCAUAAAAUGAUUAAUUGUUUCAGGGCCUUAAUAACUAAAUGAAAACCCAGAAGCAGAAACUGAAAGCAAGAGAGCUUCCAAGAAACAGUGAUGAAAAGAAGAUGAAGAAGACCUUAAGGAAAGCAAUCAAAAGCGUGAGAUAUGAACAUGACUGCUUAUAGUGUCUACUGAAUGGCUCUCUAUUGGCACAAAACUGAAGUGCUACAACUGUGAUCACUUUUUUUUUAAAAGUGACUACUUGUGCAAGUGUCUCAUACUUUCAAGUAAGGAUUUGUUCAGCAUUUAUAAAUAAUCAAAGCAUUGUAUCUUCUUGGCCUUUCUAAGGCGAUAUAUGAACUGGCACCUUGUGAAUACAAAGUAAACAUUCCUUACGUCAAUAUUUAAAGGAUUUCUUCUAGGUAAUUAUUAUUUAUUUUUAAUAAUUCCCUCAGUUUUGUACUUGAGAUUUUUUAAAUAAAUGUUUUCACAACGUU